AUGUGUGAGCACCUGGGAAGCGGGGAUGAGGUAGCGGUGACAGGAGGGGAGUUCUUCCAAAUUUGCAUAGGGGGCAAAGGAGCCCUAAAAAGGAAAUCACUUGAAGAAAGAAGAGCCUGGCCCAAGGAGCCAGGAAACAGCCAGGAAAAGCCAGGAAAAGCAUUAGAGGAAACAGUAAUUCUAGAUACAGAUGGUGGUCAUUACAAGGCAGACGUGGCACCAACAUAUGAGGUGAAUCGGCAGAGAUCUGACCCUCAGCAGGUCAAGACAGCUGAGGGCAGAGCGGCGCUGUUCAGACGUCAAAGGCAGCAGCUGCAGAAUCCAGAUCAACUAAUGGUGAGCCAGUGUGCCGCUGGACUGAAUAUCCCCAAAUCACACUCCAAGCAGCCUGCCGCCGUUUCUUCUGACAGCCUCACCAACCUUGGAGCUUCCUCCUGCAGGUUCUCCUGGCCAGCUGGUGAGCUCAUCUGGAUCACCAAAACCUCGGGACUGCUAAAAGAUCUAGUUUCAGUUGGUCAUAGGGGGCCGUGUGAAGAGACCUGGCACCCAGCACUUCAGACCAGAGUUCUAGUGCACAAACAGCUGCGCCGACACCUCGGCUCCGAGGGACACAGGGCAGAAGCUCCACGAACGACACAGCAAGUCAAGAUGGCGGCUGCAGCCCGUCUGCAGCGUCUCUGCACCCGGCACCACACUCAGGACCAGCCCCCGAUGCCUGCCCAGCGCCGGGGGUUAAAGAGGAGGAAGGUGGCAGAUAAAGUUCUACCUCAGCGAACUUGGGAGCCAGAGCCUCAGGUGUGCAUGGAUCUCUUGGCUUUUGAGCAGAAGCUGGACCAGACCAUUGCUCGAAAGCGGAUGGAGAUCCAGGAGGCCAUCAAAAAGCCUCUGACGCAAAAACGAAAGCUGCGGAUCUAUAUUUCUAACAUGUUCAGUCCCAGCAAGGCAGAAGGUGAUAGUGCAGGAACCGCAGGAUCCCCGGGGGGAAACCCCGCAGGGGACAAGGUGGCUUCCUGGGAACUCCGAGUAGAGGGAAAACUGCUGGAUGAUCUUAGGAAACAGAAGAGGAAGUUUUCAUCAUUCUUUAAGAGCCUCGUCAUUGAGCUGGACAAGGAGCUGUACGGGCCUGACAACCACCUGCUGGAGUGGCACCGGAUGCCCACCACCCAGGAGACAGAUGGCUUCCAGGUGAAACCGCCUGGAGACCUCAACGUCAAGUGCACCUGCCUGCUCGUGCUGGCUCAUCAGCCUCCCCAGUACAAGUCGGACCCCCGACUGGGGAGGCUGCUGGGGGUGCACACACAGACGAGGGCUGCCGUCACGCAGGCCCUGCGGCUCUACAUCAAACACAACCAGCUGCAGGACGGCCACGAGUGGGAGUACGUCAACUGCAACCGGUACUUCCGCCAGAUCUUCAGUUGUGGCCGACUGCGUUUCUCUGAGAUUCCCAUGAAGCUAGCCAGGUUGCCGCAGCAUCCAGACCCCAUUGUCGUCAACCAUGUAAUUAGCUUGGACCCUAACAACCAGAAGAAGACAGGCUGUUAUGACAUUGAUGUGGAGGUGGAUGACCCACUCAAGGCCCAGAUGAGCAAUUUUCUGGCCUCUACCACCAAUCAGCAGGAGAUUGCCUCCCUUGAUGUCAAAAUCCAUGAGACCAUUGAGUCCAUCAACCAGCUGAAGACCCAGAAGGAUCUCAUGCUCAGUUUUCGUACUGACCCCCAGGACUUCAUCCAGGAAUGGCUCCGUUCCCAGCACUGGGACCUCAAGAUUAUCACUGAUGUGAUUGGGAAUCCUGAGGAGGAGAGACAAGCUGCUUUCUACCAAAAGCCCUGGGCCCAGGAACCAGUGGGGAGGCACAUCAUUGCCAAGGUGCAGCAGCAAAGGCAGGAACUGGAACAGGUGCUGGGAACCCACCUGAUCUAA